AUGGCUCGGCAAGUACCUUUCCAGUAUGCACAGCUCCCUGUCUAUCAGUACAGAACUUUUGAUCUGCAUACUUUGACAUAUUCUUCACAUCCUAUUAUACCACCAGAGCAAAUCUUGUUCAGCAAUCCCCAUGCUGACGAACAACCGAAGAAUGACCAAGAUUCCCCGCCAGCUAUAGAUCAUCCUAAGCUCCCAGACGCGGCGACCGAGAACAUGGAUGCACCCGCCGUGUCCGAUGAGAAGCCGCCCGCUGGCACUCACGAUGGCGAGACCGGCGAUGGGGAUACACCUCCAGACGCGUCGACGGGUUCAGAGGAACCCAGCACCAGCGAGGAUACCGUAGCAGCCGAACCUAGUCCGGAUGUAUCAUCUGGAGACUCUGAAGAUGCUUCAAGCAAUACAACUACACCAAACACCACCGCCGAUGAUAGUAAACCGGAGGAGACAGCCACUGCUGCGGAGCCAGUGGAACCAGUGGAGGAAACGGCCGCCCCUCCAGACGACGAUGGUGGAGGCCAAAGUACCGAAGAAACAGCAGAUGCGGCAGGUGCGCAUGAAGCUACACCUUCAGAACCAGAACCAGAGACGGUGGUGGAAAUGGUCGAGAAGCUGCAAGAAGCAGAUGCCUCCCCAGAGGAAGUGCUCGAGGUGUUAGAGAAAGCCAUGUCUGAUGCUGGAAUCGAACCUGAUACGGCUGGCCCAGCUGCCGAUGCUGGGGAGGAGCCCAAACAGAACGACGGCGAUGAUGGCAAGGCAGGCGAAACCGAAGCAGACAUAACUCCAAGCUCUGAUGCCGACAAUACAGGAGAGAGUGACUCCCCAGGAGAGGUCUCAGAAGCCAGCCAGGAAGUUCACUCAGGAGAAGCGGCUGAUACAGUCAACGAGCCACCUGCAGAUGCAGACUCAACGGGACCUGCAGAAGUAGCGGAGCCUAGCGCCGAAGCGGAAUCUGAUGCCACAGCUGGGAAACCCCCGCCACAGCGGUCAGAAGAGAGCACAGAAGACAUCCCACCAGAGGCUUUACCAGAUGAAAAUGGUACAGAAGGCAAUUCCGAUACAGUUGAGCCUCAUGAUGAAAAGGAAGCUGGAGGCUCUGAGGAGCCAUCUGGACCCGAGCCAGAAGCGAAGCAAGCUGAAGACAGCGCCCAGGGCUCCGAAUGCAACGAUGUUGCCGGAGUGGAAGGUCCGGAAGGAGAGGCAACAGGAGCCACCGAAGGACAGGCAGCAGAAGAAGAUAAAGCGACAAGCGACGCCGAGAACAGCCCAGAUCAGCCAGCCGAAGAGGGAGCUCCUUCUGGUGAGGAUGCUCCCCCAGAAGAGCCAUCCGGGGCCCCAGAAGCCGAGGAGCAAACAGACGACCAGACUGCUGAGGUCCAAGAAUCUCCUGACUCGACAGAGGCGCCAGCAGAUGAUCCACCUGCCAAUGAACCUGAGCCGGAAGGAGGAACACCCGAUGAGGCUGAGCCGGCUCCUCAGGCAGACAGUCAAGAAGACCAGCCCCCAGCCGCAGACGACCCUUCCAGCGCUGACGACGCGCCAGGGGCUAACGAAGGAGACAGCCCAGACGCCGAAGCACACGAAACUCCUGCCGAGGAUGCCACAACUGAAGCAGCAGAAGCCCCAGCAGCGGGCGAAGGUACAACUGCCCCAGUAGACAACACUCCUUCCACUGGCGAAGCUGUAGCAGAGGACGUAGCUGCUGCUGCUGUAGCUGCUGCUGCUGCUGCUGCUGAAGACUCGCCUGGCGAGGACAAGGAGGUGCCCGUCGCGGACCCCUCGACAGAAGACGCGCCGACCGAAGAACCCGCCACCGACGAACCAGCGGCAGAGGAGGCAUCUACAGAUCCGCCUGUAGCUGAAGAGCCUCCUGCUCAAGCACCACCCGCUGAAGAACCCCCUGCUAGUGAUGAGGCCACCACACCUGAGGAAGCUCCGGCUGAGCCUGCCGCCGCUGAGGAGCCUCCUGCCACUACCGAAGAACCUACUACUGAAGAGCCUGCCGCUGCCGAAGAACCUGCUGCAGCUGAAGAACCGGCGGCCGAAGAACCUGCGGCUACUGAAGAACCUGCGGCUACUGAAGAACCUGCCGCCACUGAAGAACCGGCGGCCGAAGAACCUACGGCUAGUGAAGAGCCUGCCACUACAGACGAAGCUGCGGCUGAAGAGCCUGCUGCUACUGAAGAGCCUGCCGCAGCCGAAGAGGCUGUUGCUCCUGAAGAGGCUGUUGCAACUGAAGAGCCUGCCGCUAAUGAAGAGCCUGCCACUACAGAGGAACCUGCGGCUGAAUGGCCUGCCGCCACCGAAGAACCUGCUGCUGCUGAAGAGCCUCCAGCACCAGCUUCUGAAGUGCCGCCUGCUGCUGAGGAUGGUUCUGGUGAAACCGAGCAGAAAGAGGCAGCGACUACCGCAGAUGCUGAAGUUCCCGUUGAGGAAGCAGUUGCUGCUGCCGCCAUCGCUGCAACGGCCGCUGCUGCGACAUCUUCAGCGUCAAAAUCUCGCAAGGAGAGACGGAGACAUCACCGUGAUGACGGAUCGGAACACCAUCUCAAGGACCCUUUGAACGGUCAUAAAGCAAAGUUCGAAAGAAAAAAGCAUGAGGGUGGGCUUUUCGAUAGUGCCUUUGCACGAGAGUUUCACAAAGCGAAAGAGAAAGAACACAUGCGCCACGAAUCUGCAGAGUACAAGGAGAAGAAGGAUGCCAGACGAGCCCAACGCGAGGCUGAGAGAGAGGAACAGAGAAGAGCGCGAGAGGAGCAAGAGGCCGCAGAAAAGGAAGAGCGAAGAAGGAGACGUCGAGAACAAAGGGACAGAGAACGACGCGCUGAACAAAUUCACGCCCAAGCUGAGGCUGUAAGGGAACAGAGGCGUCAACAGGAGGCCUCUGGCGAACCAGAUGUGGCGAGGAGCGGCAGCUCAAGGAGAACUAGGCGGCCUAGUCUUGCUGGCUCAAACAGCGGCAACAGUUCUUCUGGAGGCGGUAUUCCGAAGCUCUUGAAGACGAUCAGCUCGGGCGAGAGCGACACCAAACUUCUUCUUUUCAUGCGACCGAACGAUCCUGAUCCACCCAGUCGAAGCCAUGACCGAGAGCAUCGCGAACGCAGACAUCAACGGGACCGGCAGCACGUUGAGAGUCGGGUACAAGAUGAGGCAGAGGAAAGCAGCUCCCACAGGCACAAUUCGAAUGAACGGCCAAGAUUAAUACGGCAAUCGACGUCGAGAAGCUAUCAUCCCGACCAUCGCCCUUCCAAGCCGGGGAUUUGGGAGAAGACAUUUAACACCAUCGCAGAGCACACAAGCCUUCGGGGCUUCUCAUGA